AUGGAGCGGCCCGGGCGUGAGAAUGCUGCUGCCAGUCUUCAAGCACAGCAGCAGCAGCAGCAGCAGGGGCGACAGCAGCAGCAUUAUGAGCAGGCGCAGCAGAGCGACCAGCAGCAGGGCAGGGCCCCAGACCAGCAGCAGCAGCAGCAGCAGCAGCCGAACGCGCAGCAGGCUCAGGAGCAGCAAGUGGAGUACAGCUUCUUCCGCCGCCGCUUUUCGGUGGACUUCUUCGUCGCCCAGGCCGAAGAGCUCCUCCAGCAUUUGAACUUGCAUGCGCAGUCCCUCGCCCUCGUCGGCUUCUCCAUGGGCGGCGUGAUAGCAGCGCGUUACGCAAGUACGAAGGAGGAGCUGAAAAAGAGCGGCAGCAAAAGCCAGCAGACAACAACAACAGCAGCAGCAGCAGCAGCAGCAGCAAUGCGCAUGCAGCCCCAAACUCUCGGGGGGGCUCGAAGCGCGCAGGGGGUCGCCAGCAGCAAAACGGCGAGAGCAGCAGCAGCAGCAGCGCGGAAGCAGCAGCAGAUAUGGCGGCAACUGCAGCAGCAACUGCCGCAGCGCAGGAAGAGGCGAGCAGCAGCGAAGCAGCAGCAGCAGCAGGGGCCGGAGGAGGGGCGGAAGGCGGGGGGGCCGCGCAGGGAGCAGCACGAAGCAGCAGCAGCAACAGCAGCAGCAGCUGCAGCAGCAGCAGCCCCGGCUUGCUGCUGUGGAAAAGACUCACUUGGCAGGUCUUCGCCAAAAAGGGAACUGUCAGCACUUUCGUUGGCUGCGUCACUCAUGUCCCCAUUUGGGACGGAAAAGACAUUUACGUCCAACUGGGGAAGCAGCAGACGCCGUGUCUGCUGCUGUGGGGCGGCGAAGACCCAGUGGUCACUGUGA